CAGGUUCGUAUUCAUCUAGAGGUAUGAAUUUCAAAGCCGGUUGAGAACUGAGAUGGCGCGCACAGCUCGCUGAGGUGUACACGCCUGUCUGCUACCCUGCAGUGGUCGGACUUGCAUCUGCACUGCGUCUCCACCCGCUAUCAUUUUCUUAAUUUGUUACCAGUGUCGAUCCUACGGAGAAAGGCGGGGUAUGGGAAAAGCCCGGGCAUUGAUCAUCCGAAGAUAAGGAAUCCUCAUGCGGGCAAAAACGAUUUAGCGGUUAGAGUAGCCGCAGCUAUCUAGUUGUUCUCUGUGAGGCACCGGCCCCUCCUAAUUUUUCUUAAAAGGAUUGAGAGUGCUGUCGUGGCUCCAAUUCCAUGCAAACAUGAGUGACAAGCUCUUGAUCGUCGACGGCCUCGGCCGUGCCGCAGAAUCUCAGUGCAGCCGCCUGGGUAAACUCCUCCGCAAGCUUGGCCUUUCUGGUACCAUGGUGGGCCUGCGAGAAACGGCCCAAGGAAAGCUGGCGGCUCCGGAAUGCAAAGCAAGUCGGCGGAUACACAUCAGGAGUCGGCAAUCUAGAUCGGCAGGACCUACCGGGCAGAUAGAUACAGAACUGGACAAGCGUAGCUUUGGUUGUUUCGGUCCACUACCGUCACGACGGCAUCGUCCUGAGGGAAUGGCUUCUCCAAGGAGGAUUUCAAGCACUUCCUUAGACGCCCAGACGGACUUUGGGGGAAAUGAUGUCUCUCUAUCAUUCCCGGACGUGUCCGGUUGUGCUUACGCGAUGCACAGAAGCUACCCUACACCUAAAAGUGCCAAAAGAGCUCGGCAUUCUCGUCUGAAACACAGGAAGCAGGACGAAGGAGUCAUGUCGAUCGACGAUACUGACUGUUGUCCUACGGUUUCAGAUGGAAGCAGUUGUGAGCAGGUACUUUUCCGGGCAGCAAAGAAAACAACAGUUCCCUGGUCAUCGCCCUACCGCGCAGAAGGAAACUCACUUUUAUCCAGAUUUACCGCUUGUCGGUUCCUCUUCAAACCAACCCUAAUGAGACAUGGUCAAAUCCUGAAGCCGGCGCUAGUGAAACGCAGCUGCUCUCGGGGCCGGAGUUGUCCAUCGGAUAGGCGUCCUGGCUCUGAAGAGUCUGGCGUGAGACGGCAAAAAGCCAAACAGGUUGUUGUUGAUGCCUUCGUAUAUGUUUGCCAGUAUUCACCUGAGGAUGCGCCCAAUGACGUCCGGAGUUCUAAAGUCCAGUGUAUGCCCGUUAUCCUGCUUAGACGUCCCGCGGCAAUAGCGAGGGGAGAAGAGUCGCAGCUUAUUCUGGGGGCCACCCCGAAUUUGUGAUUGAUGACUGUGGACACCCCGAGUUAUAAGUGAAUGAACAUUCAAAUGGAGACGCGAAAUGAUUCCCAUGUAUUCUGUUUUGAACAAUUCGUGCGGACCAGAGGGGUGUGUAAUGUUUUAUCGAUAUUUUGUCAAUUCUAUAUACUCCACCAAAGGUACAUUCAUGGGGUUGAGACCAAAGCUGAAGGAAUUACAAGCUGUUCAUUCUAUCCUCCCUAUGGAAUUGACCGUAUUCGUUUGCGAGAUGCUUAACUCAAAGAUUGGUCACAGGCGUGUUCUUGAUCCUGGUUCGCAACUGGUGCAGCUCCAACACGUGCCUGCUGAAACGGACAUCUUGGCUGCGAGAGACGCAACCUGUAU